GGGAGCAUGGGCAAGGCGGGAUAUCCCUGAUUAGCAUAAAACGGCGGGAGAAAGGUCAUAAACCAGGUCAUCUGGUCAAUUCUCUGCAUUUCACAACUUUUCCACUUGUUUGCCUGUGCUCUCCACGCUAACACUUUCUAUUUACAAUAACCAUAUAAUAUAACCAUAUAACAAUUACAGCACGGAAACAGGCCAUCUCGACCCUUCUAGUCCGUGCCGAACACAUAAUCUCCCCUAGUCCCAUGUACCUGCGUUCAGACCAUAACCCUCCAUUCCUUUCCCGUCCAUAUAACUAUCCAAUUUAUUUUUAAAUGAUAAAAUCGAACCUGCCUCCACCACCUUCACUGGAAGCUCAUUCCACACAGCCACCACUCUCUGAGUAAAGAAGUUCCCCCUCAUGUUACCCCUAAACUUCUGUCCCUUAAUUCUCGUCAUGUCCUCUUGUUUGAAUCUUCCCUACUCUCAGUGUGAAAAGCGUAUCCAUGUCAACUCUGUCUAUCCAUCUCAUCAUUUUAAAGACCUCUAUCAAGUCCCCCCUUAACCUUCUGCACUCCAAAGAUAUUGGAGAGGUGACCUUGUUCACUGAUUUUGUUUACCACUUUAUUAUUCUCUACCCUUAGUACCCUUCACACCCAGACUCCCUAUUUUCAAUGUGCUGUCAGAGUUGGUACUGUGUGAGGGGUAUGUUUAUGGGGAUGACAGGUUGAUGCUGGGGGUAGGGUCAUUUAACCCAUUGAACCCAUGUGAAAAACCAUACUGGAGGUUUAGCUUAUACCCUCGGUAUCAGUCUCCAUUUUGUUUCUACCAGGCUCCUGACCAGUUGAUCCCUGCCAUUCAAUUCCAGAUUGUCAUACUUGUCACUCUACCUACCCAUUUCUCUUUGGUCAAUUUUAGAGUUUUGAAGAACUUUAAUUUUUUUUUUUGUUUGUUUUCUCUUCAGUGACUUCAACUCAAACAUUUUAACGUCAUCGGACAUAUAAAAUGAUGAGAGGCAUAGAUAGGGUGGACAAACUCCAUAUAGACAGCACCAGUAGUCAGGAUCGAACCUGGGUCUCUGGCGCUGUAAGGAUGCAACUCUACAUCUAUGCCACUGAGCCAUCCUUGCAUUCUAAUCCCUCGCACUCCUCAACUCUGUCUGCAUCCAGCCUUACACACUUUUGGCCUUUCCAUCUUUGAUCAUCUUUGCCUUCCUACACAACCUGGAUCUUGAAAACGGGUGUCAAGGGUUAUGGGGAGAAGGCAGGAAAAUGGGAUUAGGAGGCAGAGAUCAGCCAUGAUUGAAUGGCGGAGUAAACUUGAUGGGCCAAUUCUACUCCUACAACAUGAACUAUUCCAAUUAGAGUUGCCUCAGCCUUAGACUUCUCUGCAUUCACUCACUUAAACAUGAUUAUUUGACAAAUUUCUGGACCACUUCUUCGUGUUGCAUUAAUCAGUAUCAGAUUUUUGUCUGUUAAGUUAAGAAUAAAAUGCAAGAGCAAAAUAAAAAAGUUAUUUAAUUUUUUCCCCACGAGGAUGUGUACAACAGCCAGAGAGGAGGAAGAAUCGCAGAGAAGGAGCAGUUCAAAGACUGUGGUAAAGCCCUCAGCGAGGGUCAAGUCUUGCGGGCACGUCCCGACAGGGACCACUUCCGCACGCAGAACCUGACGAAGGAUAUAGCUGCGGUGAGAAGUGAGAACCACCGACUUCAACGGGUCACUGAGGAGGAGAUUAGGAAAAGUAAACUGGUCAUGGCAGACGCCAAGAGGUGGAAGAAAGAAUGUCACAAACUCACAACGGAGCAUCAGGAGAAAGAAAGACAAACUAAUAUUGUGAUCCAAAUGUUGAAAACAGAAAUGGAGGCAUUGAAAGACGCUUCUGAAAAGAAAGAAAAAGAAAUGAAGCAGAACAUGCAAAUGCUGGCUAAUGUUAUCCUGGAUAUGAAACUGGUACACUCAGAUUUGUCUGUCAAAUGGCCGUCAGACAAAGGGGAUUGUGCCAAUUCCACAUGCGUAAAGAAAACCAGCCAAAUAUUGUCCAAGAUAGAUGGCAUUCUCUCGUCCAUGGAAGGAAUAUUCGUUUGCCGGGAAUCCAACAAUUGUUCUAGUGGUUGGCUACCAGGUGGAGACACAGGCAGCAAAGGAGUUAGAGACACGAAGGAAAUGGUUCCUGCAACGAUCAAUGGACGCAAACACUCAACACAUGAGGAAUCUUGGCCACCUGUCAUCUGGGCAGUUCUGCAGUUGGUCGUUGGUAGAAGGUGUUUGAAGUUCAUACCUCACGAGCCCCAGCCUGCAAGACUGCAGCACAACCUGAUUGACAGCGGGCUGGCUCAUUCCACGAUCCAGCUAGAACCAUGUUGGUUGGAGAUGACUCCACUGAUUCGUCAGAAGCUGCAAGUCUGGAAUCUCCACUCCUAUGUGGAGUAUAUGACCCAGUUCCCAAAGCUCCACGAAAGGAGAAAGCUGUGA